GCCGGGCCGAACUGCGAAAGGCAAUGGCUGCACCGGCUCCGCAGAGCCACAUACCUGGAGCAGAGGAGGAGCCGCUCCUCAGGGAAAAGCAGCCAAACAGGCAAAAGCAGUGUUCGCUCCCCAAGUCUUUUCAAUGAUGAGAAGGAGCUGGAGUCAUUUCGAAGCAAUCCUGACCGUGUGUCAUGUACAUAAUUUCAGGUGCCUCUGACUUUUGAGGAUAUUGCCAUCUACUUCUCGGAGCAAGAAUGGCAGAAUCUAGAGGCCUGGCAGAAGGAGCUUUACAAGCAUGUGAUGAGAACCAAUUACGAGAUUCUGGCUUCUCUAGAUGGCGGACUUCCCAAACCAGAGCUGAUAUCCUGGAUUGAAGAGGGGACAGAGCUCUUCAGGGAGUUAAGAGAACCACAGAAAUCAGGAAACAUAAUUCACAACUGUGCUGAUUUGCAUUUUGAUCCAGUUAUUGAGGGACAGGAGUUUUGGAGAAGCCAGCAAGCUGUGAAUUCAGGAGAAUCUGAACACCGUUUCCAGGUAGAUUCUCCUGAGAGCCCGUGCUCCUCUGAACCCUUACUGGGAAAAAGUGAAGAUGUUUCCUUCAGGCCUGACCAAGGCAUCGCCCUCGUGGAGCCGGACAGACGCGGUCCGCCAGCUCUACGCCCAGCAGUCCGCCGUUCCCGGGAGCUUCCGCACAGAGAAAGAAUCCCGGACCGCAGCGCUCGGGGUUCCCUGGGCUCCCAGGGAGCGCCCUCCGGGGAGGGCGCCCAGCCCCCUCGCCCUGCCUGCAGGGAAAGCUGUUGGAAGGACCCCUUGGAGAAGCACCACAGGAGCCACUCGAAGGACCAGCCGUGUGGGGCCUGGGAGAAACUCGGCAAAGAAGCCGAGCCCCAGCACCAGCGGAGUACCCCUGCGGCACAGAGGCACUUCCGCUGCCACGAAUGUGGGAGGAGCUUCCGCCUGAAGCGGGAUCUGCUUAGACAUCUGACCGCGCACGCAGGGCAGAGCCCGUUGCAGUGUCCUGACUGGAACGUGUGCCUCCCUCACAAGCGGGCCAUUCUCAGCCACCACCUCCCGUGCCAGGGGCAGAGGCCUUCCCAGCGCCCCAGAUGUGACAUGAGCUUCCCCCCGAACAACAGCGUGCAGGCUCCCCAGGGCCAGCGCAGCAGGGUGAGGCCUGGCUUGUGCAGAAACAGCGCCGGGCCCUUGGAGCCCAGCAGCGAGCACUCUGGGGAGAGGCCGGGCCCCUGUCCAGCUCGGGAGGCCCGCUGCCACCUGACGGGGGGCAUGGAGGUCGUCCUCCAGCGCCGCCCCGCCAGGGAGAGGCCAUUCUGUUGCAUGGAAUGUGACCAGUGCUGCUCCACCAGGGCCAAGCUCGCCAGCCACGUCAGGCUGCACGCAGGAGACGAGCCCUUCCCGUGCCUGGAGUGUGACAGGAGCUUCCGCCGGGGCGGCCCGCUGAGGGCCCACCAGCAAGGGCACGGUGGGCGGCGGCCCUUCUCCUGCAGGAAAUGUGGCAAGGCGUUCGGCAAGCAGUGCAAGCUCACCGAGCACGCGCGGCUGCACAGCGGGGAGAAGCCCUUUUGGUGUGGCGAGUGUGGCCGGAGCUUCCGCCAGCGGGGGCAGCUGCUGAGGCACCAGCGUCUGCACACGGACGAGAAGCCCUUCCAGUGCCCUGAGUGCGAGCGGAGCUUCCGUCUGAAGAGCAUGCUGCGAGCCCACCGGCUGCGGCAUGGCGGGGAGCGGCCGUUCUCCUGCGGUGAGUGCGGACGCGGCUUCACCCACCAGUGCAAGCUCCGCGAGCACCUGCGCGUGCACAGUGGGGAGAGGCCCUUCCGGUGCCCCGAGUGCGGCAAGAGCUUCCGCCUCAAGGGCAUCCUGAAGGCCCACCAGCGCACCCACAGCGCCGAGCGGCCGUUCUCGUGUGUGGAGUGCGGCAAGGGCUUCACCAGGCAGUCCAAGCUCACCGAGCACCUGCGCGUGCACAGCGGGGAGAGGCCCUUCCAGUGCGCCGACUGCGACAGGAGCUUCCGCCUCAAGGGCCAGCUGCUGAGUCAUCAGCGCCUGCACACAGGCGAGAGGCCUUUCCAGUGCCCCGAGUGCGACAAGAGCUACCGCGUGAAGGCUGACAUGAAGGCCCACCAGCUGCUGCAUGGCGGGCAGAUGCCCUUCUCCUGUGAGUGUGGCAAAGGCUUUGCGAAGCAGUCAAAACUCGUCGAGCACAUCAGGACGCACACGGGGGAGAAGCCCUUCCAGUGUCCCAAGUGUGACAAGAGUUUCCGCUUGAAGGCACAGCUGCUCAGCCACCAAGGCCUGCACACAGGGGAGAGGCCUUUCCACUGCCCCGACUGUGACAAAAGCUUCCGGGAAAAGGGACACAUGCUUAGGCACCAGCGCAUACAUAGGCCAGAAAGGCCAUUUGCCUGUGGCGACUGCGGCAAGGGCUUCAUUUAUAAGUCUAAACUUGCUGAACACGCCCGCGUGCACGCAAAAUCCUGUCGCGCUCCGAGUGGGCCUGACAUUCAGAAACGGCUCAGCCAGCUGUUUGCGAUGAUCGAGGCCGACUGGAGCUGAGUCGGAGCCACGGGGGCCCAAGCGGCCGGCGGGUGCAUAGCGCCUGGGGAGUGCGUCAGCAAGAGCCAAACCCACCGCUUCAGGAGAUUUAGGGACCAGCCAUUUUUUGAGCAAGAAUGUAAUGUACGUUAGAAAUAUGAGAAACCAUAAAGGGUUUUCUUUGUUAAAUCACUACGAUUAUAUUUCCUGCCCAUAGAGACAUUUGUUCUUC